AUGAUUGGUGAGGUGAUUGUUGUGGUGAGUUGUAAGGAGGGUUGUAUGGAGAGUAUUGUGAGGAUUGGCUGGAGGAUUGGUAAUCUUGUAGAAGUUGAAGUGGUUGGAAGUUUUGAGGAGGAGAUUGUUCUUGAUGUUGUUCUUCUUGAAGUUCAGGUUGAGCCGGUGGUUGUUGAUCAGGUUGAUAUUGUUGUUGUUGUAGAGGCUGAGGAACUUGGACAGGUUGAAGGAAAUUCAGUGAUGAUGAACUGGACAUUACUUCCAAAGUAUAGUGAAGAAUAUAUAAAAGGGGUCAAAGAUUUUGUGUCGAAUGGUAUGGCAAAUUUUGGCGUAGGAACUGAACUUAGGUGCCCGUGUAAGAAAUGUACUAAUCGCUUCUGGCACUCGCGAGAUGUCGUCUAUGAGCAUCUUAUAUGCCAGGGGCCAUAUCCAGAGUUUGUGAACUGGAUAUAUGAGAUUUCAAAGGCAAAAUUUAAAAACAGCACUGGAAUUAGUGAUGAUAUGGACUGUGAUACGGGGGGGUUUGGUUUGGGAGAAGAUUUUGAUGAUAUGGUCCUUAAUCGACAUAAAAAUAGUAUUGAUACCGGUGUUAAAAAUCAGAUGAACAAAGAAGCAAUGAAUUUCUAUAGGCUUGUCGAGGAGGGUAAACAACCUUUGUAUCCGGGCUCCAAAACCUUUACUCGUUUAGGUUUUAUAGUUAAGCUUUACAUGUUGAAGUGCACUUGUGGAUUUACGGAGUCAGCCUUUAGUGCAAUACUUGAGUUGAUAAAGGAGGCCUUCCCCGAGUCAAAUUUGCCCCCUUCAUUUAGUGCUGCAAAGGGAAUAAUUAAAGAAUUAGGCCUUGAUUAUGAGAAGAUUCACGCAUGUCCCAAUGACUGUAUGUUAUAUUGGGACAAAGAUAAAAAGGAAAAUAAUUGCAAAGUGUGUGUAGUUUCAAGAUGGAAAUCUGUAGAAAGUGAUAAGGCUGCUGUUUUAGAAAAUAAUGAUAGGAAAACCUAUAAAGUCCCUGCCAAGGUCUUGAGAUACUUUCCAUUAAAACCAAGAUUGCAGAGAAUGUUCUUGUGUAAAGAAUAUUCACAGCUCAUGACAUGGCAUUCAACAUGCCGAACAAUCGAUGGAAAGUUAAGACAUCCAGCCGAUGCCAAGGCCUGGAAGUCUAUGGAUGCAAGUCAUCCAAAUUUUUCUCAAGAGGCUCGAAAUGUGAGGCUGGGAUUAGCGGCAGAUGGGUUUAAUCCGUACCGAACGAUGAGUAUAUCUCAUAGUACUUGGCCAGUGAUGCUAGUUAACUAUAAUUUACCACCGUGGUUGAUUAUGAAACCUGAAAACAUAAUUCUUUCCACUCUGAUCCCUGGUCCGAUACAGCCUGGUAAUGAAAUAGAUGUGUAUUUGCAGCCGCUUAUAGCUGAGUUAAAAGAAUUGUGGGAUGUUGGUAUACAAACUUAUGAUGCCCACUGUAAUAACACAUUUACCUUGCGCGCGAGCCUAUUAUGGACUAUAAGUGAUUUCCCGGGGUAUGGGGUUUUAUCAGGUUGGACCACAAAGGGAUACCUUUGCUGUCCCGAAUGUCAUUAUGAGACCUCAUCUAUAUAUUUGAAGCACAGCCGUAAAGUUUGCUACAUGAACCACAGAAAAUUCCUACCUCCUGAUCACAAGCUUAGGUUUGACACGAAGAGAUUUAAUGGGGAAGUAGAAACAGGCCUCUGUCCCAAACCUUUAACUGGAAAGCUCAUUGAAAAUUUUUUGGCUGAAUUUAGGAAUAAUUUUGGAAAGCAAAAAGGCAAGAAGAAAGAUGGAGACUGUCCUUGGAAAAAAAAGUCGAUAUUUUUUGAGUUACCCUAUUGGAGUGAUAAUUUAGUUAGGCAUAAUCUAGAUGUGAUGCACUGUUCGGUGAAAUCUACACGCAAGCGCACGUGA